GCAAGACAGCUUCCUUCAAGCAGACCAUAGUUUUUAUAGUCAAACCUUUUGUCUCAGAAGUUUCAUUUCUUCGAUAGGGAAACCCUCUUUCAGCAUUAAGAAUGUCUAAAGAACCCAUGGAAGGCAAUUGGAUGUCAACUCCUGCAGCAGAUGAAAAUGAAGGCACCAAGUUCAAUGGAGAAGGAGGGUCUAGGAAGGUCCAUCAAUUCUAUUUUGUCAAAUUUUGGCCCUACAAAGACCCAGAAAAGGAUUCAAAGCUCGAGUGGUCUAGGCAACAGUGUGAACAAUUGGAUCAAGAAAAGAAGCUUGUCGUAGAUGAUAAAAUGAAGGAAAUCAUGUCACGUGGAGAAAACAUCUAUUCAGAACUAGAAAGGAAAAGAUAUCGCAGUGCUGUACUUGGAGCCGGCGUUGAAUGGAAGACAAUGGUGGUGGGUUUUCUGCAGGCUGCUAUGGAUAAGCUCAUUAUCACUGCCCCUUCCUCUUCAAAACAACCUGCCAUUCAUUCUCCACGUACAUUGGUGACACACGGAAGCAACAAUUUGGCCAAAGAAGAGCAACUAUCAAGGAAAACCCCUAGUGCCCAUCAGCCUCAGUUUUUAAUGUCAAGCUUAAGUAAUGAGAUUGGCCGUGCUUAUUUCUGGUAUAGCCAGAGCAAGAAUAGAAAGAAGUUUGAGCAGAUACUGAAAGAAAUCGAAGAGAUAGAGGACAGACAUGAUAAAGCCAAGGCUGAUGCUGCUGCCAAAGGGAACAUUUGGAACCCUUUAAGUUCCAAAAAGGCCAUAGAGGAUCAAAUUAGACUUUUAAAUAAGAUACCGGAUGAACUGAAACCGGAACGUUGUGAAGUGAUGGAGGAAAUUAAGUGCUUAGAGAAUGAACUUAAAGCAUUGAAAAAAGAGGAAAACGUGGUAUCCGAAAAAUUCCAACGCCUAACCAACAGAAAGUCUGACUUAUGUGACUUCGUUCUUGCUAUCCGAAAGGAAGAAGAUGAAGCGAAUGCCAACUACAACGAAUAUGUUUCGCUGAUAAGGAAUGUCAACGAACUAGCAAGAAAUAAAGAUGUGAAAGCCCUUGAACAACUCUCUAGCAAGCAGGUUGAUGAUUUCAUGCGGCAGUGGAAGGAUAGUCAAUCUUUGAGAGAGAGAUAUGAAAAAACAGUGCUAUGGUCACUUCACUAUCGAGAAAUGAGUCGAGAUGGACGGAUUAGGAACGACCACGAACAACCCAUUCUUGAAAAUGGAGAGAUUCAUCAACUAUUUCUCCUUUUGGAUGUACGAAACAAAAUGCUACAUUAGCCAGGGCCCACUUCUGUAUUUUUCUUUUCCUUUUGCUUUUGGUCUUUCUUUAAUUGUGCAAAUGAUUUUCAUGUACAUUUACAAUAAAAUUCUGGAUUACAUGUAGAUGUUUAUAAUUAGUUUUCCAAAUCAAUUAUAUUAAACUUUAAUAAA